UGGACCAGGUAUUUGUUCCAGUGCUCUGACAGCAGCAAUACUCAUAUGACAAUGGCAGCAUCAGCUAUGAUAUUCGCUGGUCUACUAACAUGCCUGGUUCUUGUGUUACAUAUAAGCACAUUACCCACCUCACAGGAAUAUGAUGUUGUCUUCCCCCAGAGACAGCACGCUCAGUAUAAGAGAGACACUCAGCAGGACAUGUAUCCAGUCAGGGUACAGUAUGAAUUACUGCUGGAAAAUAGGCCUCUGAUUUUACUCCUUGAGAAGACACAAGGCCUUAUACACAAGGAAUACACUGAGACUCGGUACCAACAGGAUGGGACACCAACUACAAAUAGGCCAAAGAUCAAGGAUCACUGCUUAUAUCAGGGGCGAGUAAAGGAUGAUCCAAAUUCACUAGUCAGUCUGAGCACCUGCAAUGGAUUAAGUGGGUUUAUCCUGACACAAGGCAGUGCUUUCCUGAUCCAUCCCCUCAAGGAGACAGACAGCGAGGAACAUGCUUUGUAUGCAUAUGACCCAAAGGAAGAAGCUUCCAGAACCUGUGGUGUGACUGCAACCAGUAUGGCAGAAGAUGAAUCCAACAUGACUACAUACUCCAUUGACCCUGCUGAGAAACAAGAAAUACUGAAUUCAACCAAAUAUGUUCAGCUGUAUGUGGUGGCAGAUCACUCUAUGUUCCUGAAAUACAACAACAGUACAGAAAUCCUCAAACAAAGAAUAUAUGAAAUGAUGAAUUAUGCUAAUAUGGUGUACAAGCCACUGAACAUCUUUCUGGCUUUGUGUGGAUUGGAAAUCUGGGAAAAUGGUGAUCAGUUUACUGUUCCUACGACAAUUAAUGCCUGUCUAGGUAAUUUCUCUGAAUGGCAGUCAAAGAAUCUUCUUCCCAGGAAACCUCAUGACAAUGCUCAGUUUCUGACAAAUGUAAAUUUUGAUGGUCCCACGAUUGGACUUGCCUAUAUAGGUGCGAUGUGCAGUGCUGUCUACUCUGCUGGAGUUAUCCAGGAUUACAGUAAAGUGGCUAUCUCUGUUGCUGCCACCAUGGCUCAUGAGAUGGGUCACAACUUUGGUAUGGAACACGAUUCUACCAACUGCUCCUGCUCAGCAUCUUCCUGCAUCAUGUCACCUUACGCCAGUGCCCCUGCUGCAAGCUUGUUUAGUGCCUGCAGUAUACAUGACUUCCAGAAUUAUCUAUUGACCAAGAAACCUACAUGUUUAAGUGAUAUCCCUUUGAAAACAGAUAUCCUGACACCCCCCGUUUGUGGAAAUAAAUUCUUGGAGGUGGGAGAGGACUGUGAUUGUGGUACAGUGCAGGAAUGUACAAAUAAAUGCUGUGAUGCUGCCAACUGCACAUUUAAGCCUAAUGUUCAGUGUGCAGAGGGAGAGUGCUGUGAUAACUGUCAGAUCAAGGCAGCUGGGCAUGUGUGCAGAGCAAGCAAGGGUGAGUGUGAUCUGGAUGACCUGUGUGAUGGAGUAUCUUCUUUCUGCCCUUCUGAUCACUUCCGAGUCAAUGGCUUCCCCUGCAUGAGUGGCCAGGGGUACUGUUACAAUGGAAGCUGUCCAACUAUGUUGCACCAGUGCAAUGCAAUCUGGGGUGCAGACACAGCAGUAAGUGUAAGCUCCUGCUUUGAUAUGAAUACCAGAGGUGUUAUCUAUGGACACUGCAAGCAAAAUGGGACCAUCUAUUUGCCUUGUGCACCGGUGGAUAUAAUGUGUGGAGUUCUCUUCUGUAUCAAUGGCAGCACUUCUUCUCUUAUUUAUGGGUCUAUUGUUGUAAAUCCUACUUGCAAAGGCCUGCUGACUCCUGAAGGAAUGGUACCGAGUGGAGCAAAGUGUAGUGAUGAGAAGGUUUGUUCCAAUCACCAGUGUGUAACCACUGAAACUGCUUAUGGCUCAUCUGGGUGUGACAGCAAAUGCCCAAAAAAUGCAGUUUGUGACACUGAGCUUAACUGCCAGUGUACGAAAGGAUGGGCCCCUCCCAACUGUGACGUAGCUGUAGCAAGUAAUUCUAGUGCAAGUGAAUCAAACCAGGAGGAUCUGGCUAUAGACUAUCUUAUCAUCACAGACAUGUAGAAUGGCAUCUUGAAACAAAGCUUUUCCUGAUAGAGUUAAUGGGUUGGGUUAUAUAAACAUUGAGAAAUAGAUUUAAUAAACUAUAUUACAGUGCA